GACACCGGUCGGACUCGCCAGGUGAGUUUCACCGCGGGAGGGAUCUGGGAUCGGUUUCCCUUCCUGUCGUUUAACCCUUCCUUAAGGCGGUGUUCAUAGCGAGCUCUGACCUGGGGUCAGUGUGAGAGUGUCUAAGAUCGAAGGGAUGUUUCCACACCUCUCACUGUGAAGAAAGACCGAGAUUCAUCAGCAGCGAGCAAAGGUCCAGGUCCCAAUGUCUUCAGGAGGGUUUGGUUCUGAGCCCUGGUUCCACCGGGUGGGAGAUCCACACUACGACCAGGUCCCCGGGGGCUCCUCAUGGCAUGACCCGGAUCUUCCUAUGCCUCCGGGCCCCUUGCAUGAAAUAGGGCCAGCUGUGAGCUUGGAACCCCUUCCUCCUCCCCCUCUACCUGCGCAGCCAGCUGUUGGAGGUGAAUCCUUGUACCACCCCAGCGAUGAUGAGCCAAUGGACGGUGACAAUGAUGCCAUGGACAUUAAACCAGUCCAUCGCUUCAUACCCACCUCCCUCAAGAACUUCUUCCGUGGCAAUAGCGGUAAAAGUGUCAGCAAUGGUUGGACCAUCCCUCCUCCCCCGCCUUUAUCGGCCACUUACUCCACUGCCCCCUCAUCCACUAAGAGUGCCAGCUGCCGGACAACAGCAGGAGUCCCCUGCUCACCACCCAACUCUGCCCCUCCCUCUCCGUCCCUGCCAUGGUCCAACCGGGACCCCUACUCUGGGGGCAGCUACACCUCUCAGAAGGAGCGAGACGGGUUGUUGCUCGGCAGCGAAGCCCUCGACUCCGUAUCAGCCGUGCCCACCAAUCUGUCGGCCCUAACUUACCACGAGCGGGUGGAGGAGUACCACCUGCGCUACGCAUACAUGAAGUCCUGGGCCGGCCUGCUGAGGAUCCUAGGCUGUGUGGAGCUGCUGAUGGGAGCUGCAGUGUUCGCCUGCGUCUGUGCUUAUGUUCAUAAGGACAACGAGUGGUUCAAUAUGUAUGGGUACUCCCAGCCGCAGCUUUUUGGGGGGCUCGGCGGUGGUGUUGGUGGAUAUGGGGGCGACCCCUACACGGGCCCCAAGACGCCGUUUGUCCUUGUGGUGGCUGGUCUUGCAUGGAUCGUGACUGUUAUCCUGGUCGUUCUCGGCAUGAGCUUGUACUACAGAACCAUCCUUCUAGACUCUUCUUGGUGGCCCCUCACCGAGUGUUCCAUCAACCUGGUCUUGGGGGUGCUGUAUUUAACAGCAGGGAUCUUGUAUGUGAGGGACACCACGCGAGGGGGGCUAUGCUACCUCCCGGUGUUCAAUAACGGAUUAAAUGGGGCAUUUUGUCGCACAGAGGCUGGCCAGACGGCAGCCAUCGUCUUCCUCUUCAUCACCAUGGUGCUGUACUUCAUUGGUGCAGGAGUGUGUCUGAAGCUGUGGAGGCAUGAAGCGGCCAGGAUGAGGAAGGAGGGGCUGGCAUAUGAGAGGAAAACCAUUGGAUCGUCGCUCCCUCUGUCUAUCCUGGGUCCAUCCUCCAGGGUCUCUGAGCAGACUCCUCUGCCCACUCUCCAGCCGGACAUCAUGGGCUCCACCGAAUACUCUGCUCCUGUGAUGGCACGGGAGCCUGAGAUCCUCCGAGGCCACAUACCAGCCGGACACAUCCCCAAACCUGUCAUAAUAGCCGACUAUGUGGCAAAGUACCCCAGCAUCCGCUCAGACGAGGAGAGGGACCAGUACAAGGCUGUAUUCAACGACCAGCACGCCGAGUACAAAGAGCUGCAUGCUGAGGUCCAGGCCAUGGCCAAGAGGUUUGAAGAGAUGGACGAGAUGAUGCAGAAACUUCCCUCCCGGCCUUCUAGCCAAAUGGAGAAGGAGCGGAUCAAUGGCAUUUUAUCUGACUACCAAAGGAAGAAAGCUGAUCCAACGUAUUUAGAAAAAAGGGAGAGAUGCGACUACCUGAAGAACAAGCUCUCUCACAUCAAGCAGAAGAUUCAGGAGUACAACAAGGGCAUGGAAACAGUCUAUGGCGCAGACACGUAUGUUAUUGUUGAACGCGGCAAAAACGAAGCCUCACAAAAAGUGAAUCGAAAUGAAAAUCCUCGGGGCAAGCUCCAGUUGGAUUUCAGUAUGCCGAACAAUAAAAGAAAAUCCCCUCUGCACCAUAUGGGCAAACACCAUGGCAGCAGACCCAGGCACAGCGAGGUCAUGUCCAAACCAGCCUUUUCCUCCUACCAAGGAGGGAAGAUCCUUCACUUCUACCGCUGGACGUCACCACCCGGAGUAAUGAAGAUAUUGUGUAUCAUCAUCAUCAUCCUGUGCGUGGCUGUGUUUGCUUGUGUGGCCUCCACAUUGGCCUGGGACUACGACGUAGGUUCCCUAGGUGUGGGAGGUGGCGCUGGCUUGAUACCAGGUUAUGGCAGCUCAUUGGGUGGCUCGUACGGUGGCUCAUAUGGCGGCGGUUUUGGCAGCUCAUAUGGAGGCGGCGCUGGUGGCUCGUAUGGAGGCGGUGCUGGUGGCUAUGGAGAAACAGAAUUGAGUCCAGCAGCGGCCAAAGGCUUCAUCAUCGCCAUUUCUGCCAUAACCUUCAUAGCUGCGCUCAUCAUAUUCGUGUUGGUUAUUUCGAGGCAAAAUGCGGCCCGCUCACCGAAGUUCUACCUAGCAACCAUAAUCAUCUGUGCCAUUUUGGCAUUUCUGAUGAUCAUCUCCACUAUCGUGUACCUGGUGUCGGUGAACCCAACAGCCCAGUCCACAGGAUCCGUCUACUACAGCCAGGUCCAGCAACUGUGUGCCCAGUAUCAGACCCAGAGCCAGGCCCAGGGUAUCUUCCUCAACCAGUACCUCUACCAUUACUGUGUGGUGGAGCCCCAGGAGGUCAUAGCCAUCGUCCUUGCCAUCCUGGUGUUUAUUGCCCUCAUCAUCCUGCUCGUGUUUGCAGUCAAGACUCGCACCAACAUCAGGCGCUGGGGCCAGGAUCGCAUUCUCUGGGAGGAACUGACGGUUGUCAAUCAUGGUCUUCAAAACAGUGUCGGGGAUUGGGUGAGCAAAGUGUCAGGUUACCCAGAGGUGCUGCUGAAUGAGGCUAAUCACGUAGGGAGGGGAUCCAGGGACUAUGUGGACCAGCUGGACCACCAUAAGCCUCUUUACCUGCCAGGAGACUCGGAAAUCAGCAGCUCUGUGGGAGGCCCCAAGCCCCGGCUGCAAGGCUACGACACUGGUGUGGAGUCUGGAGAUGACCUGGAGGAGGAGGAGGACUUUAAUGUUUUGUUUCCUUCCAUUGCGGAUGAGCAAGAGCGUCUGAACUACAAGCGUGAGUUUGACCUGGAACAUCAGGAGUACAAGAGCCUGCAGGCUGAGCUGGAAAGCAUCAACCUGGACCUGGCUAACUUGGGCCGAGAGCUGGGCCGGCACCCCGAGGGCAGUCCCCAGUUCCUGGACGCCUUGGACAAACACAGCAGACUGAAGAAUCUCAAGAAGUCCCCACACUACCAGGUUAAGAAGAAAAGGUGUAAAUAUCUCAGGUCCAAACUGUCACACAUCAAAAGAAGGAUCAGCAACUACGACCGUCGGCCAUGAAGCUCCACCUCGGACCCCCCCACUAACUAACCCCUGUGACUUCCAGGACAAACGAUAGGAAGUGACAUAUGCAAUAUUUUUUUAUCUACUAUUUUUCCGAAGUUAGAAAGUCUGAGAUGUUAAAUUAGAUGGUUUUGUGUCAGUACUUUCAUGAAGCAGUUUCUUUUGUAGCCUUUUUAAAAACCUGUUUUAUAUUUGUUUGUACAAUGAAGGAACCGCUAACAUGAGACCUAUGAAUAUAUUAAUUUGCACCAUUAAGUUGCUGACAAUCCUAUGUAAAUAAUGUGUAUUUCUAGUGCAUUCUUCUCUACUAUUUGUUCUUAUUAUAUACCUUAGACCUUGGGGGUAUUAAAAGGAAAUGAAUAAAUGAUGGCUGGGUUCGCUUUAGGUGCAUCGUGAAGAAUUACAUUUGUGAUUACGAUUAAAAAGAAGAUGAACAAAUCUUCCCACCUAGUCAAUAUACUUGUAUCCAGCACCUCUUGAUGAAAUUGAUGCUUGUUGUGCUGUUUUACUGAACUGAUGUAAAAGGUGGUUUAGUUCCUUCUGUCAUUGGUAAUAACGUUUUAGAGAAAGCACGUUUAUAAGAUUGCAAUAAAGAAAAGUGAGU